CUGGAAUCCGCAUCUCCGGGACGUUGCCUCUUCUCUAGCCUUCAACAGGACGAUUCAGAUGAUGAAGAGGGUUUUGAGACCCAUGAUACCAUCCAGGGAGCUUCUUCCUCGGUUGAUUUCGCCGCAGCGGACUCCCCGGCGUUAUCUACUCAGCCGACAUCUGCUGCGUGUGUCGCAACUACGGAGCCAACGGCUACUGCCCAUGCGGUUUCCGGGACUCUUUCUGUGUCAGCUCCCUCUGGAGCCAUUAUGCCUCAUGUCUCAGCCCCUCCAUCGUCUUUGCCUACUAGCUUUGCAGUUUCCACGGAUCCUACGGAUACAGUAGGUAUCUCGGUGUCAUCCGCCUCCUCCUCUCAUCCGGAGAUCACAAGUGAAUCAAUUCGCAAGAAGUUGGAGUUAAUUAGGCAAGGCUUGCAGCUGCCCCCUCCUGAUGUGGCAAUCCAGGCUCCUCAUGAGUCGACGGCUGCUAAGGCCAUGACCCUUGCUGUGAAAAAAUCUUGGGGUGAGCGAGAAUCUUUCUUAGGGGCUCGAAAGCACAGCCGAAGUGACAAGGCAGCCAAAGGAGGAAUCAGAGACCCUGGUUGUCUUUCUCCCGUCACCGGGCUAGUCCCGUCUCCCAGAAUCAGGGGAGCGCGCUGGAACAACUACGUCAAGUCGAGAGGCGCAUACGGCCGUACUCUUCCUCUAGCCCCUCAAAAGGCUUGUAGACUCACGAAGUCGGGAUGA